AUGUUUACAGUAGGCAACAGGCGGCCUGCGGUUGAUAAACAUGCCCGCAACGGCUGCGCUGCUGAUGACACCCAUGGUUCUGCUCACCUUGCUUCUCCACGAAGUCGUCACAAUUCCGCUCUCAAACGCGGCGCAUACUUUGCUGGGCUCCUCUUGUCCAACACUGGCCGGAGCUGUAUUGUUCAACAUGAUGGACUCACCACUGUAUUCCAGCCCUCUCAGGGCGGCACAGACACGACACUGGAAUGA